AUGCGUGUAGGAGCGGGCGCGUAUAAGGGCGUGGAGGCGCCAGGUCUGGACCCAAGUUACGCCCAUGGUCAGCUGUCCUGCCACGCCCACCCUUCAAGCCACGCCCACUCAUCCUGCCACGCCCACUCCUCAAGCCACGCCCACUCAUCCUGCCACGCCCACGACGCUUUCUUUGACGUAUCUGGCUACGCCCACAGGCAGUUUUCCUGGCAGACACGCUGUCAUUCAUCGACCCAGUCCCACACCCAGCCACCCAGCCACGCCCACAGUCAGUCCUCUAACCACGCCCACAGUCAGGUGUCCAGCCACGCCCACACCCACGUGAUUAACGAUGAACCAAGUCAGGUGUGUGAGGACGACAACCACACCUCCAUGAACGAGGCGACAGUGGCUAUUACAGGUGGCUUGAGCAUAGACGGUUGGGCAGUAGCAGAGGUGGUGAUGGGCGGGUCUGGGGAGAUGGGGGCGUGGCUGGGCCAGUGUUGUGACCCCGCCCACCCACACGCCCUGCCACGCCCACCCCACACGCCCCUACUGCUGCUCCUCCACGCCCAUGCUCUCCACGCCUCCCCGCCCCUCCUCCACGCCCUCAAGGAGCGGGUGUGGGGUUCAGGUGUACACGUGUGUGUCGUGAAGCCAACACCAACAGCUCGUUCUAUCAGGCGCCUCAUCACCAACAAUGACCUCCAG